CAGCAGCCAGCUGAUAGGUAGUAGUCGAUUGAAAGUCGACCACGACACUCGUAGGCAGCGCUCAUAUCCUAGGCAAUUUCAAACGUCGCACGCGUCGUCGAUCGCAAUCAUUUUAUAAUUCAUAUACAGUACACGUAUAUGAUUUAAACAAACAAAACAACAAUAAUUAUUAAUUAUUAUCAUAUCAUAAUUUUUUUAUGGUAUAUUUUUGCGUAAUAUGUUUAGAAACAAAUGAACAAUAAAGUGAAAAUUCAUUACGAAAAUGACGUUGCGGGUCGAAGUGCCCGGGGAAAAGAUUGUGAAUGUAGAAACAUGCAAGUGCAGUAAAUCGUUCGGCGGCGAAAUUAAAAAGAGAGAGGGAAAACUCAGCAGAAGGAUUAAAGAGAUCAUUAAAAACUCAUGGUCGUUUAGAUCUAAAAUUACUGUGGAACCAUAUGUGGUAUGUUACGUUUUACCUAGUGUGUUAGCGGGACUGGCUGUGCAGAAUUUAUGUUUAGAGAAAUCUUGCCUCGUAAAUUUAAACUAUGACGAUAAAACAUGCACCAACAUUAUGCAAGGACGGACGCACAACCUCACGGAGCAGGAACAAAAUGUACAAAAAAUGGUAGCCAGUAUGACGGCUUGGAGUUUCCCUCUGCAGACUGCCGUGCCUGGGAUAUUAGCCUUGUUUGUGGGUGCGUGGAGCGAUCGAACAGGAAACAGAAAAAGGUUCAUGGUAUUACCUAUACUCGGCAAGUUGAUAUCAGUCGUUGGGAUAAUUCUAAGCACAGUGUUUUUUCGUCAAGUCGGUGUUAACGAGACUGCUGUGAUCGAAGGUCUGCCACCGGCUCUGGCCGGUGGACGUGUUGCUAUGACCAUGGCGGUGUACAGUUAUAUCACAGACAUCACUAGUGAAUCCGAACGGACUUUUCGUUUAGGGAUUAUAACGGCUAUAUUGACACUGAGUAGACCGAUCGGCCUAGCUCUUAGUGGUAUUAUGACAAAACGAUUCGGCUACUAUGGUGUAUUUACCGUUGCGUGCGCUUUCUACCUGACGGGUUUCGUGUAUAUUGUGCUCAGACUGAAGGAGAAGACCAAGAAGACAGUGGACACUGAUCAAACUGAAUCUCUGUCAUUUUCUGUGAAGGAUCUCAUUGCGACAGUGAACGUGGCUUUCAAGCCGAGGGAGGGCUUUCGUCGUCUUCAAAUUAUUUUGAUCAUGUUCGCGUAUAUGCUAAUCGUCGGACCAGUCCUAGGUGAGGCGCAGAUGACGUACUGGUUUACACGCUACAAGUUCAAAUUCACCGAAGUCGACUACAGCUUGUUCCUAACAUACUCCGUCCUUGUGGGCACUGUUGGUUCCUUCAUAACUAUAUACCUCUUCAGUAAGAGAUGGAACAUAGAAGAUAGCAUUAUUGGGAUGGUUGCGUGUGUGAGCAGAAUUGCAGCCAGCGUGGUGUACGCUAUGGCUCCUUCAAGGACCGUGUACUUCCUCGGUCCAGUCUUGGACAUGUUCAGCGCGGCAGGAGCUACGUCACUACGAUCUAUUGCCACCAAAUUAGUUAAUGCCGAUGAAGUUGGUAAAACGAGCUCUCUAAUCAGCAUAUCAGAGGCUUUGGUUCCUGUCAUAUACUCGCCCGUGUACAGCAAGGUGUACCUCAGCACGUUGUCAACGUUCGCGGGAGCUUUCUAUCUCAUCAGCGCCAGUUUGGCAGUUCCCGCUAUUCUUAUAUAUUUAUCACUGUUUAUCAUACGCCGAAAAGAGACUGAGAUGGAGCAGGCCGCAGCCACUAAACCUAAGGAUAACGAAGUUACAAGAUUUUAGCGAAUUUAUAUUUUAAAUACCUAUAAUAAUUUUUAACGAUAGUUAUUAAAUUAAUAAUAUUAUAUAACUAAUGUAUUUAUUGUUAAGUUUUAUUAAUAAAUGUUAUCUACAAUGUACCUAUUGGAAAAUCUCAAUAAAGUUAAUGUUUGUAUUGAA